CGAGGAACAAGCAUUGCCCGAACUGUUCUAAGAGGCUUUGGGGCGAGUUUGAGCGAUAAAAGUGCCAUUCUUCACCUCUCUGAUCCACUUACAAACACUCCGCGUAAGUCUCUGCAUGUGACUGUUGCGUGCAUGGCCACGCAACAGUCUUGACUGCAUUGAUUUAGAAACUAGACUAUUAAAUGUAGAACGCGAAAAUUAAAUGCAUGUUGGAAACAGGAUGAAAUGAAAUCAGAUGUGAAACAGAGAUUUGAAACCAGACGGUAUCUAAAGAGAUGUGAAAAUGAAAUGGGAAAUGGAUGUAAAAGCGUUUCGAAUGAUGUGAAGCGGACGGCACUUGUGUGUACUUGCGCCCUGCCAAGAAUGUCGGCAUGCGGGUUGACCUUUCACCCGCUUCAGUGGAACAAGUGGACCGCAGCCAAAAGAAGCCUAAUGCCAUUGUCCGCUCGUUAGUUGGCGGCCCGGAGAUUGCGGAAUGGCGGCCUCCGGCUAAACCGGCUUAUUGCACCAGCCUCCACAUUCCUAGCUUAAAUCUCCUUGUCCAAAUCCACACCGCUGCUUUUAUUAUGGAUGGAAGUCCGCGGAGGACACAUCGCGGCGCUUCAUUCCUGACGGACCUUUGAGGACAACGGGAAGUUGGUUUACCCACCGGAGAUGGAUUUCCUGUCGAGCGCCCGGCUCCGCUCGGACAGCGCGGCGAGCGGCGCGUCGACAUCGUCGUCGUCGUCGUCCAGAAUGCUUCUGCGACAGAAGCUGGCUCAGCUCCUGAGCCGCAUCGACGACAUGAGCUCGGAGGACGAAGCCGGCGAGGAGAUGUCGCGCACGCUGGACGAUGCCUUCCAGCUAUGCUCGCGCUUUGCGCCGCCCACUCACACCUUCAGGCUGCACAUGGUGACGUGGAACGUGGCCACGGCGGAGCCUCCCGAUGACGUCACCUCACUGUUGCAGCUCGACGUCCAACCGCCCACCGAUCUCUACGUGAUCGGGUUACAGGAAGUAUGCGCCACGCCGGUCCGGUUCAUCUCGGAUUUGAUUGUCGAGGACUCGUGGAGUCAUGUCUUCAUGGACACCCUGGCGCCGCGAGGCUUCGUCAAGGUGGCGUCGGUGAGGAUGCAAGGUUUGCUGCUGUUGGUGUUUGCCAAACAGUCGCACCUGCCUUACAUCCGAGACAUCCACAGCACGUACACUCGCACUGGGAUCUUUGGAUACUGGGGAAACAAAGGAGCGGUGUCGUUGCGCUUCUCUUUCUACGGCCACAAGGUGUGCUUCCUCAACUGCCAUCUGGCGGCGCACAUGAACCACGCUCUGCAGCGCGUGGACGAGUUCGAGCAUAUCCUGGAGACGCAAGAGUUUGACACGGAUGACGCACGCCGGGUGCUGGACCACAAGUCAGUCAAACACAGAGAAAAAGAACCUACGCCAAGGCUCGUGUUCUGGUUUGGAGAUUUGAACUUCCGCAUCGCUGACCACGGCCUGCACUUCCUGCGCUCUUCCAUCAAUGGCGGACGACUCAACCUGCUGUGGAGCAAGGACCAGCUCCUCACCAUGAAGACGAAAGAGGCCUUCCUGCAGGAAUUUGAGGAGGGACCCUUGAAUUUCAAGCCCACCUACAAGUUCAGCCGCAACUCCGAAGCCUAUGACCUUGGCGGCAAGAAGAGGAAGCCUGCGUGGACCGACCGUAUCCUGUGGCGGGUCAAACCUAAAAACCCGCCAUCGGAAGACGACGACGAUAAGUUGUCGAGCGCCACGGACGACAGCUUGGAUGAGUACCCCCUGGUGAUCAACCAGGAUAAAUACACCAGCGACAUGAGCUAUGGCGUUAGCGACCAUAAGCCUGUCAUGGCCAGCUUCGGUCUGGAGCUUCGGAAACACUUUGACACUCCGCUGGUUCACGUGUCACCUGAAGGCAUCUGGAGCGCUGACCAGGACGCUCUCCUCAACUACACCGUCCAGCAGGACUUCCUCUCCUCAACGUGGGAUUGGAUCGGCUUGUACAAGGUCGGCUUCAAGAGCUCGAGCGACUAUGAGACUUUCGUGUGGGUUCGAGAGGACGAGUUGCCAGAGACAGAUGAAGUCAUACAGAUCUCAGUGGAUAAAGAUGACAUCCCUCUGCUAGGCGGGCAGUACGUGCUGGGCUAUUACAGCACGAACAUGCAGAGCAUCAUCGGCCUCAGUGCCAACUUCCAGAUCUUGGAGUCGAAACGUGCCGUCAUGGAGGGUCUUGUGCCGGAGAACAUCAACGGGCUCACCAAAUAAUUGAAGAAGCUUGGAUGUGUCUUAUUAGCCUCAAACUUGAUCAAAGAACUGUGACAUCUUCCAGUCGUACAUGUGAUUUCACACAUAGGAAAUACUGGAAAAGAUGAAAACAUUUAGAAAAGCCAUUAAAAAUACAAAAAUAAUGACUCGUCGGUGUAGUCUGGUGGAAACGAUAGUUUACAUUUAGCUGUCCACAUUAAUUCAGAAACAUGUAAUGAGUGAGUCAAUGAGAACAUUUAUUUGGACCUACUGGUUCUUUCUUAGCACUGAAUGCUGGAAUUGAAUUGUGAUUAUCUUCACUUGAUGUUAAUUUUUAACAUGAAUUAAAUGAUGCUUUGUUUGUUUUAGCCAUGUGACGUAAUGUCAAUUUAACUGGCUGCUGGAAAUCUUUCAAGUAUGUAGCUUACGUGAUUACAGGUCACUGAGUGGUGUGGAAAGGAAGUUACUUUGUUUUGCGUACCAUGUGUGUCCUUAAAGUCCGGACACAAAGAUGAUUGAUGGCAAUGUCGGCAAGUUUUCUUCACAUGACUGUUUUCAGAGUCCACUAAUCCUUGUAUUACGGAUAUGUUAAAUCAUAUUGAAAAUCUUAUUCGUUUGCAUUCAAUUUGAGUAAACUUUUGUUGAAAAUGUA